UUGCCAACUAUUCUAAUUCUGCAUUGAUCUGAUUCUGUUCCAAAUAAUCCUCUUAUUCGCAUGCUCCUCUCGGGUUUAUACAAGCUUUACACGCUUAUCGUCCUAUCUCAGUCAGGAGGAGCAUCAUAAAUACUUAUAUUAAGUCUAGACCACAACAAAAACAGUUCAAUGCGAACACAGAAGUGUAAUUAUUCGACUCUGACGCUGUUGUUGGUAAAAUAUUAUUAUAAGAGUGUACAGCAAAGUGGUGGGCCUCGCUCACUUCCGAGCUGAAUUUCGCUGCGUGCACUACCAAAUCAAAGUAGUUUCAUCACUUGUACAAUUAACCGAUAUCAAAGAGACAGAAUUGUUCCAACUAAAAUUGUUUGAAAAUUGCUGAUCGCUCACCCACAAUGCUACCAAUCGGGACAACUUGCGUACUUCAGACUCAACACGAUGAGAAAGUUGAGACAGAAUUCUCACUCACCCAAAUUGAGUUGGAACCUUUUCUCCAUCAAGUGGGGGGCCACUCGUCCAUUUUUAUUUUGGACGAAGGAACAAUUUGUAAACCUCUAAUUGCGAGAGAACUACAGUUUUAUGAGCUGAUGCCGACCUGUCUCAAACCAUUCACGCCAGAAUAUCGGGGUGUCAUUCAAGUGCGUUUCGUGGAAGACUCGGAUGGGUACAUUCGAGUGGAUGCAUACGCACCGAAAUCAAUUUCUACAAAUCAAUUGCAUGAGUCCACCACAAAAAGACGGGGACGAAAUCGACGUAUCCGACUCAAGAAAUCUGGCAGCAUUGACAUUCAAACCGACUUUGGCAAUAGUAAAGAAAGCUUAUUGAAGAAAGCGGAUCUGGAUUUAAGUCAGGAUGGGAAUCUGGCGAGUGCAUUGGAGAGACGUCCUUCCGUCUCCUUAUCAAUUCCAAUGACCAGCGGGAGUAGUAAUAGUAGCAGCAGUUGUAGGACCCCUCCCACCGAAAUUCUCCACAAUCCAUGGGCAGUUCAAUGUCAGAAAAGCCAGCUUAGCAAACUCAAGAGUCAGAACCAUCCUCAAAACUUUCUCCUGCUGGAAAACAUAACUCGAAGAUUUGAACAUCCUUGUGUCCUUGACUUAAAAAUGGGCACUCGACAAUAUGGCGAUGAUGCAUCUGAGGAUAAAAUACGCAGUAAAAGUGCAAAAGCUGGAAACUCAACAAGUGUGCAUCUGGGGGUCAGGAUUUGUGGAAUGCAGGUGUACCAAACUUUAUCGAGUAGUUUUGUUUGUCAAGACAAAUAUUAUGGGCAGAAACUGAACGUGUCCGGCUUCCAUGAUGGAUUGACACAGUUUCUGAGCAAUGGUCACCGGCUCAGAGUUGACGCUCUCAACACAUUGUUGGGCAAGUUAAGAGAGCUUCGCCAAGUGCUGCUGACUCUGGACACGUUCAGAUUCUACACGAGUUCCCUUCUCCUUGCUUACGAGGGCCGGGACGACGAUGUCGAUGAUGGCGUGAAUAACUCAUCGGGCAUGAUCGUCGAUGUCGAGGUAGCAAUGAUCGACUUUGCUCAUUCCACGUACUCCGAACUGGACAAAAAGAAACAUGAAGGACCAGAUGCUGGCUACAUUUUCGGGUUGAACAAUCUAAUCUCUACAUUGGAACAAAUUUCUGAUGAGAAUAUAAAUAGCAAAUAAGUGUAACAUGUUUUUGUUUCAAUAAACAUUAUUUAACAUGA